AUGGCAGGCGAGGAAGUGGGGCAGGGCAGGAUAAAGCUACGCCAAGCCAGACUGGCACCGACUCAGAUGGCAAGCGCGAUGCGACGAGGCACGCGGGAGGGCGCGCGCACGCCACACGUUGAAUUGCGUCGACAGCGACAGCAAGAGCGAGGGCUAAGCAGCACCAACGGCGAUGACGCCAGAGGCAGCACGAGGAGUGGGCAGAAAAGGAGCGUGCUGCGGGUGCAAUGCUGCCACGAGAGCGUGUGGACGUGGUUGGUGGCAGGCGCAAUUGGUCCAAGGCGUCCAGAUGGUGGGAUUUGGGAUCGGCACGACGGAGAGAGGGACUGCGGCACUCAGGCGUCAAGCGAAGCGUCGUGGCGGGCGCUCGAGCAAGAGGUAGGCCGGCUGGGCCGAGUGGGUGGACGGAGAGGGCCAGGGCGCGUGAGACCGAAGAAUACACCCGGGGGAGGGGCGUUAAGCACACUCGGCAGACAAGCAGGUCGGGUGCAUGUCGCGAAGAAGGUGGGGAAAAAAGAACGAAGUGGCCGAAUAAUAAGAAGUAGUAGCAGCAGCAGCGGCAGAAGAAGAGGAAGAGGAAAAAGGACAAGAACAGGGACAGGGACAGGGACAGGGACAGGGAGCCGGGCAGGGAGAAGAAGGGGAGAGAGGGAGAGAGAAGGACGGGACAGCAACAGCAGCAGCAGUGAUGGUGCCUUGCAUAGACGGGCCCCAGGCAGUUCCAAGGACGCUUGGGAGGGGGGGGUGUGGUGGGAACACAAGCAGGCAGCGGGCAGCACAACAAAGCAGCGGGCAGCCGGCGGUUGGCGGUCAGGGAGCAAAUGUACGACCGUCGGACGAGGCCUUGUAGAGAACGGAGAGAGUCGAGUCGAGUGUGGGUGA